ACCAAGCAGCAGAAGAGCGCAUAUCUGGCAACCCACAGAAGCAGCAGCGGAUUGCCUUCUGACAGUGUAAUAACAACAUUGGAAAGGACGCAGUCAAAAGACAGAGAUGGCAGUGAAUGUAUACUCCACAUCAGUAACAAUUGAGAACCUGAGCCGACAUGACAUGUUGGCAUGGGUGAACGAUUCCCUUCAGCUCACCUACACCAAAAUAGAGCAAUUAUGUUCAGGGGCGGCUUAUUGUCAAUUCAUGGAGAUGUUGUUCCCUGGGUGUAUUCUUUUAAAGAAAGUUAAAUUUCAGGCAAAGCUGGAACAUGAGUUUAUACACAACUUCAAAGUACUCCAGGCAGCUUUUAAGAGGAUGAAUGUCGAUAAAAUAAUUCCUGUGGAAAAAUUAGUGAAAGGAAAAUUUCAAGACAAUUUUGAAUUCGUCCAGUGGUUUAAAAAAUUCUUUGAUGCCAACUACGAUGGAAAAGAAUACGAUCCCAUCCAAGCUAGACAGGGCCAAGACGUGGCGCCUCCACAAAAUCCAGGGCCUCAGAGAACAUCACCAACAGUACCUAAAAACAUGCCUACGCCACAGAGGGUGACAACCACCAUAAGGAAGAACCCCACACAUGCCCGAAACGGGGGGAGUGAUGCUGAAAUCACGGAGCUUAAUCAACAGUUGAUGGAGUUAAAGUUAACCGUUGAUGGUCUGGAGAAGGAGAGAGAUUUCUACUUCAGCAAACUUCGCGACAUUGAACUGAUCUGUCAAGACCACGAGGCUGAAAGCAGCCCGGUUAUCAGUAGGAUAAUUGACAUUCUGUAUGCCACAGAGGAUGGCUUCGCACCGCCAGAAGAUGAUGAAAUCGACGAGCAGUCCCACUUGGACCAGGACGAAUACUGAGCCUCCUCUUCCACAUGGUCACCAUUUCCUCUCCCCAUCACUUUGAAUGAGUCCCCCCCCCCCCCCCCCCAAACGCACGCUCUUAAUAUCCCCUCAGUUUCCUCCAGAUCUAUAGACUCACUAUAUACACGAUCUGUUUGUCCUCUGACGCUGGUUUAUGCACCUCAUCCAGACAGUAGCAUCACCACCACUACCAACAACAACAACACAUCCUAGCCAUCUCAGCAUGUUUUACAUAUCGACAUAGAGAAUGAACAAAAAAGGUAUCAUAGAUUGUGGGUAGCGCAACGGACUUAGAAAAAAAAAUGUAAAUAUUGUGACGGGAAAGACGUUUUUAAAGAAAAAAGAAGACAGUUGUCGCCUGGAAUGCAAUUGUUUGUUGUGAGAAUUUCAUACACAUUUACUUUGAGGUCUGACUUGGCUCCAUUCAGUAUGAAAUGAUCAGUAUCAGUCUAUCAUCUGUGUCUCCAGCUAUAAUGUGUUUCUCUCACCGACUCCACACUUUACAUAUCUGAUAGUUCACUCAGAAAUGAUGACUCUGUUUUCAUUUACUCACUGUCAAGUCGUUCCUAACCUGUGGGACUUUACAUGGUUACAAUAACUGAAGUGUUCAGGCUUUAAAAAGGAUGUGAUCUGUAUGCUGUAUUCUAAUUUAUUUGAGCAGGCUAUUUUUUUGUUAAAGUAGUAACAUUAAUAUAUAAUUUAAACAUAAUGUAGCUCUUGCAGCAAGGUCGCUAGUUUGAGUCCCGGCUGGGCCAGUUGGCAUUUCUGUGUGGCGUUUGCAUGUUCUCCCUGUG